UAUAUCUGUGCCUUCUCCCCUACUUUUUUUUUCCAUCUUCUUGUCUUUUUUUACUUCUCUUCCUUUCGGCUCGUCUUGUACUCGACAAACUGGAUUACUUUAGCUAUCAACAUCAAAGGCGACGUUCUAGUGGCAAUCCAACCGUCUUACCUCCAUCACCUUUCUCCGACGGUGAAGGUGCCGAACCUAUUCAACUUCCUGCCGUCUCACUCCCAUCACCUCCUGUCGUCUCACCUGCGCCCUUUCUUUCCACAUCAUGGCCAUCGUACCUUGAUCGCAAAUGUCUGUCCAAAAACAAUUCACCUCAACGAUUGAACAUCAUGUUGGUUGACGACAAUCCCAUCAAUCUUCAAAUAUUAUCGCGCGCCCUGCGAGUGCACCUACCUGACUUGAUAAAUCACAUGGAAUUGGUGGACAGUGGUAUCAAGGCACUGAAUAUUCUUCGCGAACGCGCAUUUGAUCUGAUCCUCAUGGAUAUCGAUAUGCCAAUCAUGAACGGAAUAGAGACAGUACGCUGUAUCCGAAAUCCUUGCAGCAGCUCGGUCCUUCCGUGUAAUCGAAUCAUUCCCAUCAUCGCAGUGACUACCAAUGAUUCGCUCAAACAACGCCAAACGUACGCGGGCAUCGGCAUGAAUGGCUGCAUUAGCAAACCUUUCACACCGGCCUUGCUGAUACGAACACUGUCCAAGAUUCUUUGUUUCUAGUUAAAAAAAAAAACGCCAAUAUCACUAGCAUUGGAUCCCUUGGGUGUGGGCUCCCCCCUUGGAUAAUCUCUUUUGUUUUUCCUUCCUUCCUUCCUUUUUUUUUCCCUUUCCUUGCAUAUUGUACAUACUGCAUCUUUUCACACACUUUUUUUUUAUUAUUUCACCCCCAUCUUACCAGCAUACUCAUACCUAGUUUAUACGUAUACAAAAAGAAAUAAUUCAAUCCAUCCUUUAUAAUUACCAGAGACAAUGGAGGAUAUAUCUUUUGUAUGAUUC